GGAAGUCUAAUACAGACUAUCUUUGCAAAAACAACUCUCUUAUUUUAUUUUCUGCUUGUGGCUGGCAAAGUGCAGACUACUGUGCAUGCUGAGAAUCUAACUGAAGCAACAAGAAGAAGAAAAACAACACACAGGCAGGCAGGAAACACAAAACAAAGCUGCUCAUGGAAGCUUUCAGCUCGAAAGACGUGGCCAUGCAGGUUCAGAAGAAGAUUCUGAGCCGCAUGGCCAGCAAGUCAAUGGCCCACAUGUUCGUGGACGACACGAGCAGCGAGAUCCUGGACGAGCUGUACCGGGUGUCGAAGGAGUACACGGGGAACCGCGGAGAGGCUCACAAGAUCAUGAAGGACCUGGUGAAGGUGGCGGUGAAGAUCGGAGUGCUCUACAGACACAACAAGUUCAGCGCUGACGAGCUGCGGCUGGCAGAGGAGUUCAAGAAGAAGCUGCAUCACGGAGCAAUGACCGCCAUCAGCUUCUACGAGGUUGAAUUUACCUUCGACAAGGCCGUGAUGUCAGAGCUGCUCACUGAUUGUCGGGACUUGCUUUUGAAACUGGUGGACAAACAUCUGACCCCCAAAUCCCACGGAAGAAUCAACCACGUUUUCAACCACUUCUCCGACAAAGAGCUCCUGACCCAGCUCUACAACCCCAAGGGCCCGUUCAAGGGCCACCUACAAAAGAUCUGCACGGCUAUGAACAAACUGGUGGAGGAGGGCAAGCUAUAGGGCGCCGCCCUUGUGGAGACAGGGAGGAACUGCUACUGAAAAAAAAAGACUUUUUUUUUGUAAUUUAGCAGACGCUUUUAUCCAAAGAGACUUACAGAGACUAGGGGGGGUGAACUAUGCAUCAUCAACAACUGCUGCUGCUGCAGAGUCACUUCCAAUAGGAGCUCGUUUGUUUGACGUCUCAUCCGAAGGACGGAGCACAAGCAGGUUCAGUGACUUGCUCAGGGUCACACACACACACACACACACACACACACACACACACACAGGGAGUCAGUGGCUAAGCUGGGAGUUGAACCUCCUGGUAUCAAGCCCCCUUUCUCUAAUCACUGGACCAGCGAGCCUCUAUAUGUUUUAUGGACUUGACAAGAACGGACAAUUGUUUUACAUGCAGUAUAAAUACAGAAUUGGGAAUUCUAGGCUAUUUUUAAUACCAAUAUUUUAUCUGAGAUCUAAUGCAAAACUAUCCACCCCAGCCAUUGUAAUACUUUUGUGAUAUCUGAUAUCAUAUCUAGUUAUCAAUAUGAUUCUCUGUAACUGGCAAAGCUGGCUGGAUUUAAUAGCCAUGACCAGGAGACUGAACCCAUUUCAAAACAGUGUACCAUUCUGUAUUGUUAAAAAAAAAAAAAUCUGAUUUGGUUUGUGCUUUUAAAUGUGUUUUUUUGUUUUGUCUAUUUUUUUUAAUUGUUAUUAUUAUUAAAGUUUAAUAACACCGUUGGAAACUUUAA